AGUAAUUACAACCUUAAAGCUAAGGUAAAUAUAUUAAAAUUCAAAACCCUUUUCCUUUCCAUUCCCAAACUCCUCCAAUCUUCACUUGCAAAUCCAAGCCAUGCUUGAGGAAUCAAUCUCAUCCACACCCACAUUCUGGGGUACCCUCUUCAGCUGGUUCACUCCCACUGUCUUCUUUCUCCUCCUCCAACUAGUAAUUGGAACCAUUUUCAUCAUUUCAAAACUUGCCAACACUACCCACAAACAAGAAGAUCCUCAAGUACAUGACUUUCCACACCCACAACAACAAAACCACCUUGUUAGAUCCCCAUCCAUGUUGCAAAGACUCAAAUCCAUCAACUUCUACUCCUACCCUUACAGAUCCCAUGACCCACAAAUCCAAAACCCCCAUUUUCACAACACCCCACAAUUUCAAACUCAAACCCAUGAACAUGAACAUAAACAUCCCCAACUUGAUAGAUCUCCUUCUGUGCUUCAAAGACUCAAAUCGAUCAACCUCUACAGUUACUUCCCCACCGAACCCUUCACUUCCAAACUAACAACCGACACCAACACCACCGUUUCCGAGACACACGUGCCCGACAAACCCCACGUGCGAGAAGAACCAGUGGUGGAAACAGACGAAGAAAAUGAAGAGGACGAUGACUAUGUUGUCGGAGACAACAACAUUAUCAAACAAAAUUACAAUUUUACCCCCCAAGAGCACCAUGAAGAGGGUUCUUCGCUGGACGAAAUUUACAGCCAGUUACAGGGGCAAGAUGGUCAUUUCACACGGACACAAUCGGACACCAAACCGUCGUCAGGCGAAGUUCCGACCAAGCUUCCAAGGAAGAUGAAGAAAUCGGCGAGCAGCAAAUCGGCGUUCUCUCACUUCAAGGAAGAGGACAUUGUAGAGAGUCUCCGGCCGGCCACCGUGAGAGAGGCCAAGGUUAGCGGUGCCGCCGCCGUGGACGACGACGAAGUAGAUGCUAAAGCCGAUGAUUUCAUCAACAAGUUCAAGCAGCAAUUGAAAUUGCAGAGGCUGGAUUCCAUCAUGAGGUAUAAGGAGAUGAUUGGAAGAGGAACUGCUAAGUAAAGGGGUUCAGGUUAAUCUUCCUUGUAAAAUUAGUGGGUUUUUUUAUAAUUUUUUUUAAUUGAUUAUGUAAAGUGGAGUGCUGAAUCUGCCUAGUUCGUU